GUAGUUUAUGUUUCGUUAUAGUGCAGUGAAAGUGUUAACCUAUAAAAUUAUUUGUGAAAAUAUUACUUUUUGUUUUUAAUUUUGUAACUUUAUAUUUUUCGUUAUAAUAUGUCAGAUAAUGAUAAAGAAGAAGCAUUCCUUGCUUACAAAAAUGAUUCACGAAUACCUUGUCGUUAUGGCGUAAAAUGUUAUCAAAAAAAUCAAAUGCAUCAUGAUAAAUAUAAACACCCGCCUUCAAAUAAACAAAAAACAAAUAUAGUUAAACGUAAACCAUUAAUUGGGAAUAAAAGAAAAAUUGCAGAAAUAGAUGAUGAUGAUGAUAAUAAGGAAGAAGCAGUACCUAUCUCUGUACCAAGUAAAAUUCAAAAAGUUAAGACUGAUCUUAUUAAUACUAAUGUAGACGAUACAGAAAAUGUUAUUGAUUAUGUAGAAACCGGUGACAAACAUUUGGUCACAACAUCAAAUGAUGAAAAAGUAAUUGAUGAUAAUACUGCAGAAAUUAAAGAAGAAUCUGAUGUAUCAUCAGAUAACAGUAAUCACGUCAAUGACGAUGAUUCUUGUACAGAUACAUGCACAAUAUUAUCUCCAACUUGUAUAAAAGAAAAUAUUAAAAAUUUAUUAUUAGUUGAAAUGCCAGAAGAUUUCUAUCAAUUUUACGAUUUUUGCAAACUUAUUUCUGAAAAAGAACCAUUAAUGGCACUUAAAUCUAUUAAUCUUUAUCUUGUGGGUCCUUUUGAUAUUAUAAGUAAUAAAUUAAAAAGUUAUAAAAAUAAUGAUAAAGAAAAAUAUCUUAGACAUUGGAGAUAUUAUUAUGAUCCACCAGAAUUUCAAACAAUUAUUAGAGGAAACAAAGAUGGCUUACAUUUAGGAUAUUGGAGAGAUGAAUGUAAUGAAAAGCCAAUAUACGUAGCUAAAAAUAAGGCGGAUAUAGAUUGUAUAAUACAACCUGUUGCAGAAAAUAUAUUCGGUGCAAUUAAUAUUUGCAUCGAAGACAAAUGGAAAACAGCUAAUUUAUUUGAAAAGACAAGCAUAGUACAACUUCAAAAAAAAUUAAAAGAAUUUGCCCAAAAGUAUGAUAUAACUUUAGAGAAAAAAACGGAUAAAAUGAUAAAUCGUGAGAAAAAAGUUAUUGUAAGAACGUUUCAUAAAGCUGGAAUCGUAGUACCAUAUAAUAAGAAAACGCAGUUGGGUUACAGAGAAUUAUCAGUGACAGAUAAAGAAUUACAACAAAUAUUGAAGAAAAUGGACGAAGCAAGUUCGUCAGAAGAACGUAAAAAAAUAAUGUGCAAACUCGACGAGAUUGUACGUCUUGCAACAAUAGCUGCAGACGAAUGUGAUUUUGGAACUUGUUUAGAAUUGGCGCAUGAUUUGUUUUCUAGCGGUAGUGUGUAUGUUCAAACAAUAGCAUUACAAAUGUUUUCGGUUGCUUAUACACACCUCGAUCGUCCAGAAUUUUUAGAAAUAAUUAAGGCACACUUGAAAAAUAGAAAACGUGGUAGUGACUUGUCCGUCAUUUAAAAAAUUCUUCAAAUUUUAAAAUAUAUCAUUUUAAUACAAGCUUUAUAAAUAAUUAUAAAUCCCAGAUACGCGUGGAAGUUAAUAGUAUUCAAAUAUAUAAUUAUUAUAAUUUACAAAAUUAACUUAUACAACAUAAAUAUACAUUUGUAUAAUACCUAAUAUAAAAUAUAAAGUAUAUUUUUUAUUUUAAUAAAUUUACUUAGCGUUUGUAUAUGAA